AUGGCGGCGGGAGAUGAUACCACACCGACCGAAACACCGACCGUCACCGUUGCUCAGCUGGAGGCUCUCACAGCUCAGAUGAAGCAGAACGAAGAACGACUUGCGCAAAUCCAGGCGGAGAACGCAACCCUACGAGCAGAAAACGCGUCAUUGGUUCAGGCUCGCAAUAGAUAUCGAGCACCGGUUCCCUCCUAUGCAAUCGUUCGACACUCCACCACUUACGGGUGCAACAGGAGCAGCCCUAGGAACAGGAGCUACCGACGCUGCGCAAGGUAA